GCACUCCCCUCUCCCCCCCCCAUCCCGGUGACCGGAAGUGCCUGCGCAUUACUUCCGGCGCCGCGCUGCCCGCACGCUCUUUCUCUGCCGCUAUGGCGGCGGGCGCGGAGUCGCGCUCUUUCCUGGGCCUCACCCCGUGCGCACGGGAUCCGGCGACCGCCGUUCGGCGACGGAACCGCGGCCCCAGGAACCGCAAGAAGGGCUGGAAGCGCUGGGCCGGGCCCGAGGCGCGGCUGGGCCGCGAGAUCGGCGAUUUCCUCGAGGAUGUGACGCUGCAGCAGCGCGUGGCGGGGGGGCUCUGGGGUCGGGGGGCCGCCUGAACCCCCCCCGUCCUUUUUGCAGCGGUCCUGAUCGCGGAGCAGCCCGACGCGGGGCUCUUCUUUGUGGAUACGGGCAAUGCUGAGAAGGGACGGAAAAGGAAGAAUAAAAUCCGUGAGAAACCCCUUCACAUCGACUUGGUGCUGCGGCCCGACUCCAAAGUGCCGGCGCCCAAAGACAUUCUGUCCCAUCAGAUCCCCAAUGGAAGGAAGGAGAGGCGGAGGCAGCAGUUCUGGGAGCGGAUGGCGCAGAGGGGGGUUCUGCCACGCAGCGAGAGAAAGCUGCAAACAAGGCUGCAAAACCCGGCCCCCCCCCGGGAAAAACCAGCCGAAAAGGGGCGACUGGAUCCAGGGAGGAGCUUCUAUGACAUCUGGGCGGCUGAUAACCCUCUGGAGCAGGCGCUGGUGGGGCAGGAUGAGUGGUUCCUGCAGCAGACACAGAAGCAGAGGGUGAAGCGCCCCCCCAGGUUGCAGCAGAAGCCAUCGCAGCUCCCGGCCGUGGAGGUGAUCGCCCCUGGGGGGUCCUACAACCCCACCUUUGAGGACCACCAGGCGCUGCUGCUGAAGGCGCACGAGGUGGAGGUGAGGAAGAAGAGGGCGGAGGACAAAGUGGAGCGGCAGCUCCGCUUCCCCACAGCUGCUGAGGCCCCCACUGCGGAGACGGUGUUCAGGGAGCAGUGCGAGGGGCUGCUGGAGGAGUCGGGGGGGGAGGAGGAGGAGGAGGAAGAGGAAGAGGAGAAGAAGGAAGAAGCGGUGGGGGGGGCACAGCCUUCGGACCCCUCCAGGCCGCUGCAGAGGCCGGGCAAGAAGACGGAGCAGCAGCGGCGGAAGGAGAAGGAGGCGCGGGCGCAGGAGUUGCAGCGGCGCCGCUUGAAGGCUUUGCGGUGCCGGCAGCAGCAGCUGUUCAGGCUGCGCUCGCUGGGCCGGCAGCUGCGGCGCUGGGAGCAGGAACUGCAGCGACGGCGCAGGGCCAGGGAGGCCAAACGGCGCGAGAUGGAGGGGCGGCCGCGGCGACUGGGGAGGAUGAAGUACGAGGACCCCGCUCUGGAGGUGCAGCUGAGCGAUGAGUUGGCGGAGUCGCUGCGUACCCUGAAGCCCGAGGGCAGCGUUCUGCACGACCGCUUCAAGAGCUUCCAGAAACGGAGCCUGAUUGAGCCCCGGAGCGGGCAAAGUGAGUUCAAGAGGAAAUACCGCCUGAAGUACGUGGAGAAGAGGGCGUUCCGGGAAGUGACGUGA